AAUUUCAAGAAGCAAGCCAAGGAUAACCCAUCUGAUUCUUAUUCUUUCGUGCUCUAAUGGCCACUGCUUUGAUCAUAAAAACUUGUCUACUCUCUACACUACACCUCCAUCACCAUCACCACCGUUACCGUCUUCUCUUCUCUACCACAUCCCCCAAACCUCCCAAGUCUCAAUCCCUCAAAUCCAUCAAGAUGGAAAGUGGAAAUGAAAUUACGGAAGAAGCUAAAGAGAAUGUGAAUCAGAAGAAGAAGAAAAUAUUUGUGGCUGGAGCCACUGGAAGUACUGGGAAAAGGAUUGUUGAACAGCUUCUAGCCAAGGGUUUUGAGGUCAAGGCUGGUGUUAGGGAUUUAGACAAAGCGAAAACUACUUUUUCUGAACACAACCCAUCUCUUCAAAUUGUGACAGCCGAUGUAACUGAGGGGUCUGACAAGCUAGUACAGGCCAUAGGGGAUGAUUCCGAGGCUGUAAUAUGUGCCACUGGGUUUCGGCCUGGCUGGGACUUGUUUGCUCCAUGGAAGGUUGAUAAUUUUGGCACUGUGAACCUUGUCGAAGCUUGCCGUAAACUUGGUGUGAAAAGAUUCAUUCUAAUAAGCUCAAUUUUAGUCAAUGGAGCUGCAAUGGGACAGAUACUUAAUCCAGCUUACAUUUUUCUCAAUAUUUUUGGGCUGACCCUAGUGGCGAAGCUUCAGGCAGAGAAUUACAUCAGGAAGUCUGGCAUAAACUACACUAUAGUUAGACCAGGUGGUUUGAGAAAUGAACCACCCUCAGGAAAUCUUGUAAUGGAGCCAGAGGAUACUCUUUAUGAAGGUACCAUAUCAAGGGAUCUGGUUGCAGAAGUUGCUGUUGAGGCACUAGGUCUUCCGGAAUCAUCUUACAAAGUCGUGGAAAUAGUCUCUCGUGCUGACGCUCCUAAGCGUACAUACGAGGAUCUUUUUGGUUCUAUUAAGCAAAAGUGACUGGUUCAUAGUUACGCGAGGGAGACACAAGCAUUGUAAUCCCUGUGUCUUAAACUUGUAAUGCUGGAGCAGAUAAACUAUAUAUGAUGGCUGAUGGAAAGAUAUUAUAAUUUUGUUUUAUUGG